AUGACAACAGACCCGACAUUCGUGCUAUACGACAUACCCGAAGAGGAAGAGAUAGAGAUCCCCGAUCCCUCCAUCUCGGUAGAGGUGGACGAACCGGAGUACGGCAAGUUCAUCAUAGAGCCCCUGGAGCCCGGAUACGGAGUGACCCUCGGCAACCCGAUGCGACGGGUGCUGUACAACGGCCUUGACGGGUCGGCGAUAACUUCCGUCAAGAUCGAGGGGGUGCAGCACGAGUACCAGACCAUUCCCAAUGUCAGGGAGCAGGUCACCGAAAUCCUGCUGAACGUCAAAGCUGUCAGGCUGCGGUCCGAGGUGGACCGGCCCGGCACGCUGCGGCUGGAGGUCGCCGGCGAGGGACAGGUUAGCGCUGCGGACAUCAUGGCGUCGGCAGACUUCGAAGUGGUCAACCCGGAGCUUCACCUGGCGACACUCGACUCCCAGGACGCCAGGAUAUCGGUUGAGCUUAACGUCGAACGCGGCAAGGGCUACCUCGAAAAACCAGAGGGCGAAAGUCAGACGAUCGGGGUCCUUCCCGUCGAUGCGAUAUUCAGCCCCACAAGAAAGGUCAACUACACGGUCGAACGCACGCGCGUCGGCCAACGUACGAACUUCGAACGGCUUAUCCUGGAGGUCUGGACCGACGGUUCCUUAACACCGGUCGAGGCAGUCAGGAAGGCAUCCAACAUUCUGGUCAACCAGUUCUUCCUGUUCGCCAACACCGAACAGACCGCUGAGGAAGGCGUGAACGGCCGUCAGUCUAUCUCGCUGAGCAUUCCGCCGGAGCACUACGGCAUCCCUGUGGAAAGGCUGUACCUCAGCUCGCGCACACUGAACUGCCUGAAGCGCGCAGGUAUCGACAGGGUCGGCGAGGUACUCCAGAUGAGCAGGGAAGAGCUGCUCAAGAUCAGGAACUUCGGCGAAAAGUCCUACACGGAACUGUAUGACAAACUCAGAGAGAACGACCUCCUCCCACCGGAGCUCGACCCGAACCUGACGAAUGCCGAGGAGCAGGUCGAAGAGGACACCGCCGAGGAGCAGGUGGCACAGGAGCCAGCCUAA